GUGAAACUGAUCUGCAUAGUGCUGCAGGGAUUGGCCUGUGGAGAGGCUGCAGAUUCCAUCACGCAGAGACCAGCCUGUCAGGACACGGACUGCUAGGCACAAUACCCUGCUCAAGGACAGGUACUGAGUCCACUGGAAGUGAAGCAUAUCCGGGAGAAAGAGAGGAAAAAGCUCAGCGGUUUUCUCUUUCACACUGAAUUUAUUAUCCUGUGAUUCCUUUGAAUACAAAAACAAGCGACGGUGAAGCACUCAUGGAGUCACCCACAUCCACUGAAUCUGACCUACUCAAGCAAAAUGAACCAAGCUCAGUGUCUCGUGCACAUACUGAUACAAGCAAUUCUGGAAGCAAAGGGGAAAUUGAGAAGCCAGAAAUGUUAUGGCAAGAAUGUUAUCUAAUAAGUGCAGUCCAAAGGCAAGGCCAAGGCAUGCUUAAGAAGGCCCUGCAAUUGUUAGAAGACAAUGAGAAGAAGAUAACGGCAAUACAAAUUGAUGCAGCACUGAACAGGGAGAAUAUUAGUAAAGCCUUUCAGGAUCUACAAGAUUUGAUAGAAAAUGAAAAAAAUCUAAGGCUUAACCAUAGCAAGAACAAAGAAGUGGAAGCUUUACAGACAUUAGAAGCCAGAAACAUGAGUUUAAAAAGUUUAAAAUCAUCAAUUACAGAUCUGCUUGAGACAUUGGAAUGGACAAAACGUAAAAGAGCCUCAUCCAGAACUAAAAAUCAAAUGAAAGAGUUGAGUGCUCAGUUGGAAGAAAUACCAGAUUUAAAGGUUGAAUUAGGAGGAUGUGUGUCUUCGCUGCAGCUCAAGCAAUGGAGAGGAAUGAGACAUUUUGUUAAACCAGUGUCAGAGUCUUUGCACUUUGACCCAAUGACUGCACAUCCUAACUUGAUCCUGUCUGCAGAUUUAAAGAGGGUUCGAUUCCAUUCUUAUCCACAGAUGGUUAUGGCAAAUAAAAACCGAUUUGAACCAGCGUUGUAUGUGUUGGGCCUACCUGUACUGCACUCUGGUCGCCACUACUGGGAAGUAGAUGUGGGUCACAAGAGCAAUUGGAUUCUUGGUGUUGUUAAAGAGUCAGUGAAUCGUAAAAAAGAACAGGAUCUGAGCCCAAUGAAUGGUUACUGGGUUUUACGAAAGCAGAUGGAUUUUGUUUAUUAUGGCAUUGGACCAAAACCUCAAAGACUGAUAUUGAGAACCUCACCCAUGAGAAUUGGGAUCACUUUGGAUUUCUUCAGAGGUCAUCUGGCUUUCUAUGAUGUAGACAACUCAACCAUGAUUUUUGAGUUUGCCGAAUGCCCUGUGGAGGAGAACCUAUAUGCUUUUUUUUGUCCAGGAGUCCCCACAAGGGAGGAAGAUUGGUGCCCAUUAACUCUGUGUACUUAAAGGGUCUGGAAGAACCAGUUGUAGAGUUGUAGGGCAAUAAAGCUGCAUAUGAGUCUGGACAUUUUAACAUUCUUUACUAAUUUCAGCCUUGAUCUUACAGAAAGCUUAGGUCAACUAAAAAAAAAAAAGAGGACAAUGGCUAAGCAACCUACAUAUCUAUUGAACAACCUGGGAAAAAUGUGACUAGAAUUACAAGUCUGAAAACUUACACAGAUCUUUAUUUGCUAUGCAUGUUUUUUUUAUUUUACGAACAACUUCCAUAUAACAUAAAUUUAAUCCAAACUUGCACCAUAUAAAAUGGAAUAGGACAAAUACCUAGUAUCAUAGAAAGAAAAACAAUAAAUUCCACAAUGAAAAAUAAUUACACAUAAAUUAUAGGCUAUAGUAGUAAAAGCCUUCACUAUAUAAACUGUUUGUUUCUUUUCCCAUUUAGAUGCUCCUCAAACCAACUAGUCACAGUUAAAGAUCUUUUACAAAAUAGGGCACCCCUAUUAUCUGUAUUCAUUAGACCAUCAAGUUUAUAUACAAAAAUUACAAAAUUAUAUAAGAAUAAAGUGUAAUUCUACUACAAUAUGAAAACCUGAUGCAACCAUGUAAUUAAAGAAGCAUUGUGAUUUA